AUGCGGAGUAAGUCAUCAUCCCUACAGUCAGAACACCUUUCUACUACUCGUAAUAACCACCAUCACUAUUCUCAGAAACAAGAGCAACACCUUGUUCGAUUACCGUAUUAUAUUCUAUUGGUAGCAUUAUUCCUGUCUUUAUACUUCUUGGCUACAUCACUAAUUAUGGAUGAUAACUUAUUUGCAAAACAUCAAUCAGCAAAGGACCUAGCCCAACAGCUAUUCAACAUAUUCGCAGUUGGAACGAUUCUGCUAGCAAUGAUCAUUGAUGUGAUACAGUUUUUCAUAAAUGUUGACAAUCAAAAAUUAUGCACAAAAUUUUUAUUCUGCCUCAUAAUUAUAAGUUUUGUUUUAGCAAUUAUUUCAGCAACAUUGGCAAAUACUAAUUCAUAUAUCUAUGGAUCGAAGCAAAUACCUCAUCCUUCAACAUGCUUAUUAGCUGGUAGCGCAAUUAUCUUUCUAACUUUUUUAAUUGCUAUUAUCCCUUGUCUUGAACAGUAA